CGGGGAACAAACUGUUAUGUAUUCACGCAAUGCAUCUUGGAAACAGGCUAUUGCUGGUGCUGCUCGUGCUGCACUGGAGCUCGUUGACGGACUGUUUAACUGAAGCUCAUCCGCGAUGCGACACUGAUGGAUCGACUGUAAGAUGCACGCUGGAAGAGACUGACUUAAUGAGUUCUGACCCAAUCAAACUGGAUGUCACUGAAGGUCAAACGGUGGAAAUUUACAGUCCAUGCGAACAAAACAGCUCCGAUGGGCGUAAAUGUCUCUGCCAUCAAAGGACAAAUUCUUCUACGCGUUUGUUACAACGCAUAAAAAAAUUGGGAAAUGAAAAAUACUCUGUAAUCUGUGGCAAUAAAACUGUUACGGCUGUUCGGGCAACACAAAGAAGGCCAUCGGUUCCGGUUGUCAAAGCUAUUUUAAAGCCAGGGUCUAACAAUCUAGCUCAGUUAGUGUGCACUUCUGAGGGGAACCCAAAACCAGCUCUCUGGUGGUAUGGGAACCGUGAAGAUCCAGAGGAGGGCAUGAAAAGUAGUACGUGUAAGACAGAGAGCACUUUGAGAAGUUAUUAUGAAUAUCUUUCUGAAAGUCCAAAUCAGAAGUGCUGUGCCAGUAAUGCUCUGGGAGAAGAAUGCACUGAGGUCUAUCAUUAUGAUCUGGAUAAAGAGGAGGAUAAGCAAAAGUCUCAAAAUAUGAUAUAUCUUAAAUCUGGUCAAUCUUUGCUGCUUCGAGCUGCCAAAAAAGAUUUGACAAAUCCAGGACUGAAAUGGCACUUUAAUAACACAGUGGUCAAAGGAAUCACCUCAUUACAUUUUAUUCACUGGACGGAGCACCUCUUUAUCGAAUCGGUUAAUAUGGCACACAAUGGGCUUUACCUCUGCACAUCAGAUGCUAAAGACCCCCGAAACUGCAGCACCUAUGUCAAGGUCUUUGAACAUGACAAAAUUGAGAUAUUGCAUCUGAACGAGAACAACAGCAUACUAGCAAAAAAUAAGACAAGCUUCUGCUUCCAGUCUCAGGUUUUCUCCUACCCAAAAGCCCAGUGUUACUGGAUCACACCAAAUCAAACCCAAAUACAGUGCACAGAAACUUCCCAAUCUAAUUUUACCAGGACGUUUAAGCUGUGUAACCCUGAACCAGGCCAGUAUCAAAUGAAACUGGAGACUCAGGAAUACAGAGUCAUGAGGAAUAUAUCUCUGUGUAUCUUUGAUAUUCCUGAAAUUGCCAUACAUAAAAAUUCAAGCUUCACCACUUGUGAGACUGAAAGCCCUUUACCUGUGACUGUAUUCUGGAAGAUCUGCCCAUCCUUUGCUAAAUGUGAUCGUGAAGACUGGAAAGAUAUAGCUGCUGACCAGCCAGCGUUUACAGAUUCAGAUCAGUUUUGUCAGAAGAAAAUCGACUUUUCCAGAAGACACCUGAAAAGCGAGGACCAUCUUAUCAAAUGCUGUAUCACUAAUGUUGCAGGGACUGGCUGCAGUGAAAAAAUACUAGUGCAAACCAAGUCCCACACUGAUUAUGUGAUCUGUUUCCUGCUCAUCUUUAUACUCCUCAUGAUUAUCAUUGCAUUAAUCAUCUUCAUCAGAGUUAAGAAACCGAAGUACCAGAGUCAGAUCCAGAUGAUUCAGAUGAUCGGACCCAACGACAACGACUACAUUUAUAUUGACUUCAGAGACUUUAAAUAUGACCUGAAAUGGGAAUUUCCUCGCGAAAAUCUCGAACUUGGGAAUAAACUUGGAUCUGGUGCUUUUGGGAUGGUUGUUCAGGCUACAGCAUAUGGGAUCAGCAAGCCGGGUGUUUCUGUUCAGGUAGCGGUAAAAAUGUUAAAAGAUAAGCACCAGGCAGUAGAGAAGGAAGCUCUGAUGUCUGAACUGAAAAUGCUGACUCAUAUUGGACACCAUGAGAACAUUGUCAACCUGCUUGGUGCUUGCACGGGAUCAGGUCCUGUUUACCUGAUCUUCCAGUACUGCUGUAAUGGAGAUCUCCUGAAUUACCUGAAGAGCAACAGAGAAUGUUUUCACAAAUAUCUGACGGAUGCUUUUAACAAGGACAGGUUCAGGGGCCUCUACCACAAUUUCCAGCAGAACAGAAACUCCAGUGAGUAUGUUCUGUCUGAUAACAGCCAAUGCCUGAAUGUGACUCCUGCUAGUAAAGAACAGGAGAAUGAAAACGAGGCGCUUCUGAGAGGCAGCAUCAGCUCAGGGUCUCCUGCUGAGGAAAUGCUUCAGUGUGAAGACAAGCAUCAAGAAGAGGAACUUCACAGUCUCACCUAUGAUGACCUUCUGAGUUUCUCUUUUCAAGUCGCAAAGGGCAUGCAGUUCCUGUCCGCUAAAAAUUGCAUCCACAGGGACUUGGCAGCCAGAAAUGUUUUGGUGACACACGGCAGACAGGUGAAAAUCGCUGACUUUGGUCUUGCCAGAGACAUUGAGCAUGACUCCAACUACGUUGUAAGAGGAAAUGUGCGUUUGCCGGUGAAGUGGAUGGCUCCUGAGAGUAUUUUUAAAGGCAUCUACACAAUGGAGAGUGACAUCUGGGCCUAUGGCAUUCUGCUCUGGGAGAUCUUUUCUCUAGGAGUCACCCCAUAUCCUGGUGUAACUGUGAACAACACUUUCUACAGAAUGAUUGAAAGUGGAUAUCACCUGGAGCAGCCCUAUUAUGCAGCAGAGUCUGUAUACAAGGUAAUGUGUCGCUGCUGGGCGUUGAAUCCUGUAGAUCGGCCUUGUUUCUCCAAAAUUGUGGCUUUCAUGGAAAAAGAGUUGGCUGCUUUAGAAGAGAGGCUGUAUUACAAUGUUGGAGGAUACAGUCACGAUGACAUAGCAUACCAGAAUGCACCAGCGAUGCCUGAAGAUACACUGAUAGUCACGGAUGCAGAUGGUCCUGGAGCAGUAAGAACAGAACCUCCUGUUUGAGUCUGAGUUAACGUCUCAAUCAUUAAUACAUUAAUUAAACCCUUACACACACAGCAUUAUAAUGUACGAUAGAAAUUUUGGAAAGUGUCAGAAGGAAUUAUUAAUGUAUAGAAUGUAUUUUGGGAGUGAAACAUAUCGAAGGAAAAAAUUUGCUGCUAACACAUUCUUGGUUAUUCAUAAAAUGCAUCUCAAUGGCUACCAAUAUUUUGAGACCUUAAAAUCAUACACAGGCUAAACUAAUUUAACCCUUUGGUUACCCAGAAUUCGGAAUCACACUUGUACCCUUUACAGUCAAAAAGUGACAAAAACUGUACCCAGCAUGCACAGAAUGUCAUUAGAUGUUAAUGUUAGGUUAGAUUUACAUCGUGACAUCAGGUGACCAAAAUUCAAUGUCUACCCAGUGUCUAAGGACAACAUUUUUUUGACUUCCAAAAAUGACAUCAAAUGACAUUGAUAUUUGGUUAAUUUUAGGUCGUGACCAAAAUCCAAUGUCGAGCUAACAUCUUGUAUGUGAUAGUGACAUAAAAUGCUGACAUUUAUUAAUCAGGUAUGGCAACCAAAAUACAACGUCUGAUAGACGUCAUAGUGGUAAUGUCCACACAACGUCAAGCUGUUACAUUACACUUUGGUAUUUGGUUGAUUUUAGGUUGGAUGUUAGACAUUGACGUUGGUCAGACGUUAGGUUCUGACAUAAACCCGAUUUUCAUCUCCAAACAAAAUGCAACGUCCCUCGAUGUUGGGGUACAACGUCAAUAUGACGUCACAUUGACGUCCUGUGCCUGCUGGGUAUCAUUACCCUUUUUUUAUAAAAGCCAUUCUAAUUAAUUUUUUUAAAUAUAUUUUUUUCUUUUUUUAGUUUGUAUUUUGAGAGGAUUCUGUGGUAUGUAUUUUAUGCAGUAAUUAUGUUUUUGUAAUUAAUGCAGUUUUUCUAGUUAAAUAAAUCCAAAUUCAAAUUUGAGACAGAUUAGCGCCGUCUGCUGGUCAAAAAAAGAAAAACAUGUGUAAAGACCAGGACGCCUGUAUAGCAGGCUGUAUUGUAGCGGCUUAUUAUUUGCAGAGUUGUUUUCAGGCGAGUAAACGCAUUCAUUUGAUGAAAGAGUUGAAUGUAUAUUUAAUACUUGUGCCUCCUGGUGAUACACUGAGGUCUUAUGAAGCAUAAUAUGGAAGAAAGUCAGUAUUAUUUACCACAUUUUUACCUUUACUGCCACUCCACUGCCUCACUGAACAGUAUUCAGGUGAUAACUCGCAUUGUAUGAAUCACCAGCUAUUUUCUAAUGUUCUACAGAAAGACAAACGUCAUUUUGGGUGGCCUGAGAAUGAGUAAACUAACAAUUGCUAAAUAAAUAUUGUAAAGUUAUCCUAAUCCUAACCCAAUUAAUAAUAUUUGUUGAAUAUUAUUUUGUGCAGCAAGCUUCUUAAAAAUAUAUACAAGACUAACAAACCUUACAAAUGUUUAAACAGAAUUUUUAGAAAUCAUUUCUUUUGCUGUAUUUUGCAUACUCUACAAUGAAAUUGCUAUAUUUUUAUAACAAAAAGACUCUUUAUUUUAUUAUAAUAUUUCAUUAUAUUUAUUCAGGUUUAAAGCAUUAUUAAGGCUCUGGUUUUUAGGGCAUUGAUGUUUCAUCAUAGUUCUUUAAAUAUGUUGUGUGUUCUAACAGGAAUAGUCUGUCUGCUUAGCAUUUUUUGCAGAAAUUUAAUUUGCUCACUGACAAUUAUAUUUUUAAAAAGUUUGUUUUUUAUUGCUCUUGUUUUGAGAGUAAAUGCAGGUACAUAAUAUAAUAUAAUAUAAACUGGGGCGGGCAGUACGGUGAAGACAAUAAUAAGAAAAUGAAUGAAUGAAUGAACUGGGGCAUCACGCUGGUGCAGUGGGUAGGACGAUCGCCUCACAGCAAGAAGGUCGCUGGUUCAAGCUUCGGCUGGGUCAGUUGGCAUUUCUGUGUGGAGUUGUCUUGUUCUCCCAGUGUUGGCGUGGGUUUCCUCCAGGUGCUCCGGUUUCCCCCAAAUGUCCAAAGACAUGCGCUAUAGGUGAAUUGGGUAGGCUAAAUUGUCCGCAGAGUAAGUGUGUGAAUGAGUGUGUAUGGGUGUUUCCCAGUGAUGGGUUGCAGCUGGAAGGGCAUCCGCUGCGUAAAACAUAUGCUGAAUAAGUUGGCGGUUCAUUCCACUGUGGUGACCCCAGAAUAAUAGUGACAAAGCUGAAAAGAAAAUGAAUGAAUAAUAUGAACUUUUAUUUUUAUGUAAGAUGCAAAUUGUUAAAAAAUGUGUUGACAUUUUUGAUACAACUGAGCAAAUAAAACCAAACUGUAUUUUUGUCUUAUAAUUUUGUCAAACUUAAUUAAAGAAAUGUGUAUUUUUAUAUCAUAGUUCUACAUAGGGGGGCGCCAUUGUGCAUCAGAAGUGAAGAUAUUUACAAAAGCGCAUUCAUUUUUUUCAACUGAAAUCCAAAGUAACCGCAGCUGUAAGCUACAGCAAACGGUAAAAACAAAAACAUGUUUACCCUGUAACGUGUGUUUAA